AUGACUGAAAUCAUUACCGGCCUUGCGCUUCCGCACGUAGGACACUCCGGGCUCGACUUGUUUCCCGACAGCGCAGAACAUUCGUGGGAACAGCAAUACAUCGAGCCGAUAGCCAUGCUCACCGCAUCGUGGCCGCAGUCUGCGAGCUCGCAGAUGAGCGGAGUGCAAUCGCUGGACGUUCGCUUCGACCAUGACACCCAAGGCUACUUCUACCAACCGCAACACAUUCCAUCUCCUCAUAUUGGCUACCAAGUGUCGGAUGUCGGCACCCCUUCGAGCCAUCAAGAGGCCAUCGAGUCAUAUACGGGGCAACAUCCUUCGACGAUGCACUUAUAUCCUUAUCAUACUCCUGGACCGAUCCAUAGCCCUCAUAGCUCCAUCAGCGCCGUUAGCCCACUGCAGACGCCGUUGGAGAGCCCGCCAGCAGUUCGAUAUAACGGCAAACCACAUCUGGCGUCGCGCAACUCAGCUCCUGAGGCUCGCGAUCUGAAAGCCACUACCACCGUUCGCGCACACUUGAAGCACAGGGGUAGCAGCGGAGAAGAAGACGACAGCUACGGACCGGACUCAAAGCGCGGCCGCAAGCGCCAACGCAUCCCGCAUACCGCCGUCGAGCGUCGAUAUAGAGAGAACCUUAACGCGCAUCUCGAGAAGCUUCGCCAGACUGUUCCGACGCUAGCCUCGAAGAAGGGUCCGGGAGGAGGCAAGGUGGAGGGUGAGGGAGUCAAGCCGAGCAAAUGCGAGAUCCUGCAUGCCGCCAUCGAGUACAUCGGCGCUCAGGAAAAGGUGAUGGCGGGCAAGGACAAGCAUAUUGCCGGCCUCAUGGAUGAGAUCAUGAAGUUGAGGAGGAAUCAGGAACAGAUGCAAGAUUGGAUUAGGGGGCAUUCCCAUUGA